AUGCAUUUUCGAUCUGUUAUUGAACUGUUGGCGAUGUCGUCGUUGGCCGUGACGGGCGCCUCGGCGGCAUGCACUCCGAUCCCAUCCUCCAGUACUGCCACUCCAACUCCGACCCCCAGUGUCACUCCCGACUGCGGUGGCGACCAGUCCAUCGCUCUUUGCUGUAUGAACUUGGCUCCUUGGUCCACCAACAGUGGAAUCUGGGGAGGUGCUUGUGGUUACUAUCCUGCUGAUCCCAACGAGAGGGUCGGGGCGAGGUGUAUUACCCGUGCUCCUGGCACGAAUUGCUUUGGCAGUCUCCUUGCAACUUGUUGCGCUGGGUUCAUUCCAGGACAGUGUUCUCUGGGUACUCGUUGCACAUAA